AUGCAAAAUAUAUUAUUGAAGCUAUUACUGAGCAUUGUUUUUGCGUUGGAGGUUCGGGGUUUUCGCUGUGACCGGAGACCUUACGGGACCACUUCCCUGUCUUCCGCCCCGGACGGCAGAUUCAGGCUGACGGUGCUGGGAACUGAUAAUACUUACAUACCGAACCAGCUAUAUAAAGUACAGAUAACAGAAAGAGACGGGCAGUCCCAUUUCAUCGGCUUCAUGAUCUCGGCAGAGGGCGACACCAGGCCGGACCCCAGGAACCCUCGGAGGACGGUCUCGCAGUUCCCUGGAGAACUCUCCCCGGCUGAUCCCAUGACCGCCAAGUUCAGCGACCGCUGCUUGGGAUCUGUGGAGCAGGCGUCGAGUUUGAGUAAAACUGCUGUUGAGGUUGACUGGCGAUCCCCUCCCCCCGGCAACGGCUGCGUGACCCUGCGCGCCAUGGUGGCGGAGAACGAAGACACGUGGUACUCAGACGGGGCGCCGCUCACCCAGAGACUGUGCGAGGACCUGCGGCAGCCUGAUGAUGCGGCGCCCCAGAUAAACGGGAACUGUGAGGCAUGUGGAGAAGCUAAGUAUGAGGUGGAAUUCACGGGGAUGUGGUCUCGGAACACCCACCCGCAGCAGUACCCGGAGAAUGACUGGGUGCCGCGCUACAGCGACCUGGUGGGGGCCUCCCACGGCGCUGGUUUCGUGCUGUGGGCCCCCGGGGAGCUGGUCAGCGAGGGGUUCCGAGACCUGGUGGAGUUUGCUAAUGCCAGUAAGCUUGAAGGCGAGAUUAUAGCAAAGAUUGGCAAUGACGUGCGCACUCUCAUAAAGGCUAAAGGAUUAUCCUACCCGAAGACGAACAACCCCACGCACGCCAUCUUCCGCGCCGACAGGACCCACCACCUGGUGACGGUGGCCGCGGCGUUGGCGCCGUCCCCGGACUGGUUCCUAGGAGUCACCAGGUUCGAACUUUGCCAGGAAGACAAUACAUGGUUACCUGAUAGAGAAUUGUAUCUGUUUCCGUGGGAUGCGGGGACUGACAACGGAGUGUCUUAUGAGUCUCCAAAAACCCUGACAUUCCCGCAAGGCGCAGUUUCCCGAGUGGACCUGAACUCCCACGACAGGAAUUCUCCUUUCUUCGAGCUGGACAUUCGAGACCUCCAUCCGUUCGGGAAGCUGAACCUCCGCCUCAUCAGGACUUACCACGACCAGUGCGAGGAAACAACGGUGGCGCCCUCUGCCGAGACAUCUACCGAAGAAAGCAAGGAAGAAGAAGCCGGCGGGCCGGAGGAACCCUCCAGGUAUAGCGGCCGCGACGAGGGUGAGGAGCCAAUAGCAGAGAAGCCUAACCCUUUUGACGAGUGUCCGAUGAGUGAGUGGCAGCAUUGGAGCCCCUGCGAGGGACAGUGCCGCGCCGGCGUGGUGCGCGGCUACAUGUGGCGGGAGCGGUUCCACCUGGUGGACGGGCUGCCCCUAGAGAAGUACGACACUGGCUCGAACUGGCGCACUGCGAAGAAGGAAGUCCCUCAAAAGUGUAAAGAUGAGAAGAACGACUUCGAGCAGAAGCCGUGCGAGGAGCGCUGCAACCAGGAGCGUAAGGAUGACCAGCCUCUCACAGUUGGUCGCCGCGUGAUGACGCACAUUGCCCCCGGGAAGACUUGGUCCAAGAAGAGGGAUGUGGAACAAACUGUGUCCAAUUAAUUCUAUUUAAAAAAGUGGCAGUCACUGUCGCUUGCAGGGAAAGUUGACCCCCCUGACCUCGAGAACGGGUCAUCUUUAUCUGCAGGCGAGUGUACAAAUU